AUUGCCUUGUUAUUUUCACCUUCAAGCUCUCGUACUAACUUUAUUGUCAUUCAUGGCAUCUUCAUCACAGCAGCAGGAAAUUCUCCUAGCCAGCUCUCCAAACACCCCCAUCACAGCCUAUGAUAUCUCAACUGGUGCAACCUUAGGUCACUUCAUCGGCAGUCGUUCACCACGUAAAGGCCUAGCUCUAGCUGGGAAUACCCUAAUAGCAGCUUCUCACAUCUCCCCCGACACCACCACCUCUGCCUCUAUACAUCUGUACAAUUGGUGGUCUUCCAUUCCCAUUCACCACCUUGCAGUUCCUGAACCGGUUGCUCCCCUAGCCAGCACACAUGAUGGCUCAUACCUCUUUUCUGGUGGUGUAUCAGGAUAUAUUCAUGCCCUAACGCUUCCAUCUGGUAAACUUCUUCGUUCAUUUCCUGCACAUUGCAAACCUGUCUCUUGCCUAACCAUGAACAAUGACGGUUCUCUUCUCAUCUCCGGAGGUGAUGAUGGAACUAUAUCCGUGUUUCCAAUUAUUCAUGUACUAGACAGUUCAUCUGUUGAUAGUUCAACCGAGUUUGCAUUGUACAGCUUCCAUGGACACACUUCUCCUGUAACUUGUAUCACAGUAGCAGGCAUCGGCGGAUGUAAUUCAACUAUUAUCUCUUGUUCAGCAGAUGGAACAUGUAAAUUUUGGAGCUUAGCAAAUGGUCACCAUCUGCGCUCUGUCCGGUGUCCUUGUGUGAUUUGGAGCCUAGUGGUGGACUCAACUGAGUCAAAUUUCUACGCUGGUGGAUCGGACGGUCGGAUAUAUGUUGGAAUUUUGAAGGUGAAAAGGAGGAAUGAACUGGUUAGCAGUAAUAUUAAUGAAGUAGUGGCUUGGGGAUCGGGUGAUCACAGUGGCGGAGCAGUGACAGCAGUGGCGAUGGCGAAUGAGGGAAGGAAUUUGGUUUCAGCUUCUGAGGAUGGGAGUAUAAGAGUUUGGGAGGUGGAGAAUGGUAGGACUGUUAGGAUUUUAGGGGAUCACGAGAGUGGGGGAAGUGUUAGUGAACUUGUGGUGGCAACAGGGAUCAGAAAUGGGAGGAGAUCAAAAUAUGGAGGAGCCAGUGGUAUAAAUGAUGAAACAGGUGGAGACAGGGAGUUGAUGAGUUUGGGUUACAGUGGUAGGGAGAUAAUGAAGUCAGUAAGAGAGACAAUUGAAAUGGAAGAAAUAUUGAAUGUUGUUGUUGACGACAGAAGAAGAUCAAUUGAUGGCCUCGAAAAGGCUAUAGGGACGUAUGAGAGACUGUUAGGACUCAUCCUUAAGGAAGCUAAAGCAGCAGAUAAUACCAACGUCUGAACCCGUUUCUUCUACUUGCCCUAUUCUGGCUGAUAAAAACAAUUUCACAGCACUCACAAAAACUUGUAUGAUUUCUUUUUAUUGUCUUAUAUUUGAGACCAUUGCAUACAAUAACAGUACUUGAGAUUCCUAAUUGAAGAUCGGUCGUAAAAACAAUGACAUCAAAAAUAAAUAUUGGUUGAACUUAAUAGAUUCGGAUAACGUUACAAGUGAAAGAUAUAGAAGAAGAGAGAAAAAUUGUAAAUGUUACUCAAAAAAUGUUAAUGUUAGCCAGUGGUUCAUUAUGGUGCAGUCAUGGUGCAGUCUUGUAUUGGUCUGGUCUGUCUUGUAAGCGUGUGAACUGUUCAUGUGUUGUAACUGACAGUCACAGGUUAUAUGAACGUUGUAACCUCCUGU